AUGUUGCAGUGGAACAAAUUCCGCCUAACAUUCAACGUAUUAAUCACCACAAUGACGUCAAAUGCUAUUGCAAGCCUGAGUCCACUUGACGAAAAAAAUGUCGAGAUGGGAUCAAGGAGUUAUAAUGUUAUGGCUUACUUGCAAUUUUUUCCUAAUCUGUCACCUAUGACUGGGAGGAUAGCGUAUCCUCAGAAGAUUCCGUCAACUGUACUAUCAACUUGUAUUAAUAUAGCUCAUAGUAGAAACAACAAUAACACGACCAGAGACCAUCAACGGCAGUAUCGGCCGUGUUUCCUUUGCUAUCCAGUGACGUUCACAACUACUGCAAUACUGAUAUCUUGCUGUCGCGCGACGACGCGACGAAGACAAACGAAGAAAUGGUGUGGCACGACCGACAUCAAUUGUUCAGGCGUUGUCUGUUACGAUGCUGAGAGUGAGCUUCCCAGUGUUCGUUUUCCUCAAGUGAUUCUGUUUUAUUCUUCGGGAAUACCGUGGUUGCAAAUACCAGUACAUUUAGAUUUGGGAAAAGAUUUGUAUAGGUCCCUGCUCUUCAAAUGCUGUCGAGUGGGUUUUGGUGUUGAGUUGACGUGGACCGCCACCGUCAAUAUAUAUUGUGGUGUGGGGGUAUAUGUUGCUCUGGGAUCGAUCGAUAUGUGGACGCUCUCGCAUGCGGCACUGCUUGAAUUCGCACGCGGCGGCUGUAACCCACCGAAACCGAACGGAUUGCGAACAUCGACCGGGGCCCUCUUGGUGCUGCUUCAACCGUUCUCUUUUCGCGGUGUAUGUUACAAAAUGAUUACUUUGGAUGAUGAGUCAACGACUAAUAAUUGUAAAGUAAUUGAGAACGAAGUGCAUGCGUCAGUUGGUGUUGACGUGGAUUCUGCUUUGCAAGUAGUUUUUAAAUUUUCGAAACAUUUCGCAAUCAACGUCUCGGGUUAUAACUCCAACACGUCGCUGAAGAAGGCUCAGAACAAUUCGAUCUUAGAUAAAACUUCGAAAAAUUGUGUGGAUAAAUCAAUAGAAGCGAUCAGAAACGGUAUCUGGGCUAGUGAAAAGGUUGUAGACGAUGAAGAGCAGCAUCGGGAUGAUAAGAGUAAUGGAGAUUGCACCAAGCCGACUUUCUCCGGUGAAAAUGGUUAUGUGGACGACAUUGAUAAAAAAGACUCUAGUGGGUUGGAUACGAUGGAAAAAGACAUUUUAAUUGAAGACGAAUCUUGUGAUAAUAAUGGGAAUGGUAAGAUGCCGAUAUUCACCGAAGAUAGUACUAAUAAAUCGAUGGUUGUGGAAUGCAUAGAGUUAGAUGAUGACCAUGAAGGACCUGAUUCAAGUGGUGAGCCACCUGUGAAAAAGAAAAAAACAAAGUCACCAGUGCCAGAUGAUCCAGACACUCAGGCAGGGGAAAAGAAACCAGAGUUGACAAGCGGUGAAGCUUUAUUGAAUAAAUUAGAAGCCUAUGUCAAAGAUGCAAUUGAUAAGAAUGCCAAUGUUGAAAGGAAAGUGUUGGAUGCAUUAUUAGGAGCUAUUAAUAUCCAAGUGCAACGUGAACCUCUGUCAGUUCGGAAACUUAUAUUGGACAAGCAGUUGGUAUUGCCAAACACCAUUAGUUUUCCACCAUCGCAGGUUGUGGAUUUGCUGAUUGAACAUGAUCCCGAUGCACCUUUGUCAAAAGUAAUUGGGCGGAUGUUCGGCGACGAAAGGCCAAAACUUUCCGAAGCUGAAAAACGCGAACGACAUUUAUUAAAAUUGGGGCAUCCUGCGCCUCAUAUGACUAAGUUGUUGAUGGACAUUGGGCAAGAUCUUGUUCAGGAAUCUACAUAUUCUGACAUCGUCCAUGCAAAAAAUUUGCCUGAAACUCCGAAAAAUAUGGAAACAUAUAAACAGGUUGCACAACAACUUAAGCCAGUGUGGGAAGCCUUGCGGAAGAAAAAUGAACCGUAUAAAUUGAAACAGUAUACUUGUCAGCUAUGCAACUUUCGGACUGAAUCACGAAUCAUUCUUUCUGUACAUCGGCAGACACCACAUUUUGAUGGAAGGAAAUACCAAUGUGCACUAUGUCCUGAAUUCUUUACUAAUGAAAAUAUGAUUUCGCAGCAUUAUCUAAGGGAGCACGAUCUAGUAGCUGGAAAGGAAGAAGCUAUUCCUCGAAACCCUUGUCCAUGUUGUAAUGAAGACUUCAUGUACAAAGGACAACGAGACCAGCAUCUGAAAAUGUGUCGAAGAGAUCUAAAUAGAGUUCGUCUUAUAAUGGCACCAAAGCAUCCGCAAGAUGUCAGUGCCAUCAAUCAUUGGUUAUGGGAUAAGCCUCCUGUUGAUCCAACAAUAUUGCAGCAACAACAGGUGGCGCAGCGGCAACAAGUAGAGAAACUGCAACGUGCUCAGCUGGCACAACAGCAGCAACAACAGUUGCAGCAACGACGUAGCCAGACUGCUGUGACUAAUUCAGCACUUUUAGCAGCGCAGCAACAACAAGCUGCGCUUCUCUUACAGCAGCAAAGGAUAAGGGCGGCACAAGCGGUAGCUCAUCACCAGCAGCAGGCAAAGAUGUCUUCCUUAAUAGGAAAUCCGAGUCUUUUAGCAGCGAUGCAGCAACAACUGCAGCGUGCUGCUGUUAGUGGAAUGCGUACUCCGGGAUUGUCUUUAUUCGCCCAGCGUGGAGUAGCUGCUGGAAUACGUGGACCAACUGUGGCUCAGCAUGCAGCUGCUUCACUUGCUGGACGUAUUAGGGCGCCAUCACAAAUCCCAGCAUCUCGUGCGCAACUAGGUGGAGUUGUAUCGUCUGGACAUAACAAUGUUUGUGAGAUUUGUGAUCAGAAUGUUCAGGAUAGGGAUCGAUAUCUGACACAUUUGCAACUCUUUCACAAACAGAUGCGCGGAAAAACAUCAGCAGAUAUGCAGCAGGCAAGCAAACAUUUCGGUGCACCGUUGGCAUGUAGUCGUUGUCGUGAUAGAUUCUGGACAUAUGAAGGAUUAGAACGACAUCUUGUCAUGGCACAUGGCCUCGUUACUUCUGAUCUCUUAACUAAAGCACAGAAAAAAGAAGAUGGAGGGCGAUGCAAACAUUGCGGGAAGCAAUAUGCGUUCAAUAUGUUGCAACAUUUGGUGACGGAUCAUCAGGUAAAACUAUGUUCUGCUGAAAUUAUGUACAGCUGCGAUGUUUGUGCCUUCAAGUGCAGUAGCUAUAGUAAACUCGAAGUACAUCUGAACACCGUACAUCCUAAAAAUCCUACGCAAAAUUCUGCUUUGAAUAAUAUGAUCAGCUCAACAUCGGAUUGGGACACAAUUUUCGGAAAUAUAGUUUCUUUUAUGGCACAGUUACUUUCCGCUCGGUUAUUUUCUAGUUUUGUGCUAACCGAUUUUUUUCUCGCAGAUUUUCCAUCCUCCUCUGAGGAGAUAAGUAGCGAAGACAGGAACGAAGAUGUGGCCAAGUCUGAGUCGAUAAUUCAGGAGGCUGAGAAUAAGAUUGGAAAGUAA